AGCAAUACUAGUACCAUGCCUCCCUAACUAAACAUUAUCUUUGAGAGCUGCACAUACGAUAUUCUGCUCAUAUUUUGACUUCGACUGCGAUAUAUUCCCGUCUUAAUCCCCAAACCAAACAGAAUUUGCAAUCUCGCGCCAGCAACUUGAAAUACCCGAUAUAUCCACUAAAUAAUAAUAAUGGCGGAUGAAACACUGCUCAGCGACCUCUGCAGCAUUUGCAACGCCCAAAAGUUCAAAUACCGCUGUCCCGGCUGCUCCGCCCGCACCUGCUCUCUCCCGUGCUACAAGAGACACCAGCAAUGGGCGCAGUGCAGCGGGAAGCGGGACCCCACCGCCUUCGUCAAGAAAUCCCAACUCGCCACUCCAGCCGGCAUCGACCACGACUUCAACUUCCUCACCGGGAUAGAGAGGAAGUUGGAACGGGUCGAGCAGGAGGUGAGUCAGAGGGGGAUCGACGGGACGGUUGAGGGAGAGGCAACGGGGAAUGUGUAUUUCUCCAAGUCGAAGAAGGCGGGGUUGCAUCCGAAGGAUUUGGAGAGGGCGGGUGUGACGUUGAUCCAGGCGCCCAAGGGGCUGAGUAGGCAGAGAGAGAAUACCUCGCACCGCAAUAAGAGGAAGAAUAUCAUAUGGACGGUUGAGUGGAUAUUUCCGGACAAGACACGUUCGGUCCGCGAAGUGCCCGAGACACAGCCUCUCGUGCAGGUAUAUCAAUACCUCUUUAACCCAAGGAGAGAAAAGAAGAGGAAGCUGGAUGUUGGAGAUCAGAACCAAACCUCAGCCCAAACGACUACAGGUCCCGAAACCGACGCAAAUGGCGACGUGAAACGGCAAAGAGCCCUUGCCUCCAAAGAGAUUGAGGGCCGAUGCCCUGAGGACACUGUGAGCCUGGCAAUGAGCCGUGACGAGGAGAUAGUACCCGAAGCAUCGCCGGCAAAACCAGAUGACGACACCCCAGAUAUUCCUGCAGCGGAAAUCACAACGAACUCUGGAGACCCGAACGCAACAGAACCAUCAGCUUCUACGACGGCUUCCUUGGAGCAGGGCCCAUCAUCGCAGCUGUCACAAACUCAGCAACCACAACAACCACAACGACAAGAAACAGCAACAGACUCCGACUCCCCAUCCCUCUACUUCUUCCUCCACCGGCCCCUGUCCCGCCACCCCAAUCCCGUCCUCAUCCCGCUCGACCCCUCACUCUCCCUUUCUACUCUACUGCAGGGCCGGACGAUCCUCGAGUUUCCCACUAUCUACGUCUUCUCCACCGCAUCACCACCUGCGGGAGAAUUUAUGUUGGAGGAGGAGUAUCUUACCAAGGACGCAGGGGAAGAGAAAGAACUAGUCAAGGUACUAGGAGCAGUGAAGGGGCAGGUGGGAGUAGGAGACGGAGGAGUGGACGAUGGGAGCGGUAUGCCCGGCCUGACGGGCGAGGAAGAAGUAGACGAGAAGAAAAUACUAGAUGUGCUGAAGCGGGAUCUAGGCGGUACUAUCUAGUGCAUUGGUAUUGGAGUCUAAAUGUAAGGAUUGUGUGCCUUUGAUUGGUAUACCGUGUAUACUGUAGCUGUAC